AUGGUGUGGGGAAGCCACUUCUGCGGGGGCGCUUUCAUUACCCGGCGCCACGUGGUGACUGCUGCCCACUGUGUGUCCUUCUUCCGCCUCCUGCCGCACUUUCUGCAGGUGCGAGUGGGCGGCCACGACGCGCAGGUCACGGUCCGCGUGUCCCUCGUCAGCAUACACCCAAACUACGGCCGCCUCGCCAAGUUCGACUCCGACCUGGCGCUGCUCACGUUGGCGGAGCCCGUGGCCUUCAAUGCCGCCGCGGCCCCGGUGUGCCUGCCGUCGGCCAGGGCGUCGCCGGGCCGAGCGGCGGUGGCGCUCGGUUGGGGCAAGGAGCGUGAGGACGCGCGGGACUUCAGCCAGACCCUUCGUCAGGUUGAAGUCGAGAUUCAGGACAAGGAUGUCUGUGCCGGUUAUGGCGCGUCGCUAACGCACAGCAUGUUGUGUGCGGGCGUGAACGGCGGUGGGCGUGACUCCUGCCACGGCGACUCGGGCGGGCCUCUCAUGACUCAGGACGGGGACUCCCGGUGGGUACUCGCGGGCAUCGUCAGUUUCGGGCGAGGCUGUGGGCGCCCAGAUUUUCCGGGGGUCUAUGUUGACUUGUUCCAGUUCAUGGACUGGAUUGCUGAAGUUGUUAUACAAUAA